AUGGGGGAUUACGCCAAAGGUGAAAAGACUACCACAGUGACGUACAGGCACGAUAUAAAAGCUCCAGAGCCACAAGAUGCUCUACAAGUUUCGACAUCGAGGAACAACGGUGUACAUAAGAGGACAGAUACCCGAAUCCACUCAUCUACCUGCGAUAUGAAGUGCUUUACUCUUAUUGCUUUGCUGUGCUCGUGCUUUUUGAGCGGAUGCGCGCGCCCCACUCCAUUGGAUAGCUCAGCCACCUGGAACGACCUCGCUGCGAUGACUGAUACAGCACGAAAUGAAGACGAUCACGAAACACGACUGCUUCCAUAUUUCUCCCACGAUAUGCUGCAAGAAGAAGGUUCCUGCUGCAUCAAUGCCAGAAUUCUGAAAUAUUAUGUAAAUCACGUCUUGGAAUCAGACGAGCACACAGAUAUGAAAUACCCAAUGAUUCGCAAUGUGAGGGAGGGUCUGCACAGAGUCGAGCAAGAAUUGCAGAAUCACUGUAAACACGACUACUCCAGCCAUCCGCUUGUGAAGCAAUUCAAGAGAAACUAUCAUGCCAGUGCAAUUAUGGAUUUGGCCGCAGCCCGUAACAAAGCAAUCGGGGAGACAAAUACUCUCUACCACUACCUCUUUGAAUCCUGCACUCCAAAGUGA